UGUUCAUAAAACUACGGCGCUACGUACAGCUAAUACAACACUCGCGAAAAUUAAGAAUUUUAUUUAAUUUUCCCCUUUUUUUCCUUCUCAAAUCUCAAAACCGAAACGCACUCACUAACACAACACCACGACGAAGACGACGCACUUCUGCAAUCUCUCAUUCGUUCAUUCUCCGAUUCGAGAAUCGUUCAAUCGAAAUCAAAUGUGCAAUUCUUUGCCAAGGCGCUUCCAGAUUCGCCUCCGCUGACGCUGAUUUCGAAUCCAAUCCAGCCGAAUCCGAUAAUGUCUUCCAGCUUCAGUCCCUCGCGUCCGCCGCAGCAGUUAAUCGGGGUUUCGCGCCUGAGAUCCUCCGGCGUUAAGAAGCUGCCGGAACCCUUGCGGCGAGCAGUCGCCGAUUGCCUCUCCUCCACACUCUCUCCAUCCAACGAACCUUCUAGAACUCUUCAGGACUAUCUGAAGGCCCCUGCAGCCACAGACUUGGCUUAUAAUGCAAUUCUGGAACAUACUAUUGCCGAGAGGGAGCGCAGUCCUGCGGUAGUCACAAGGUGUGUGGCACUUCUGAAGCGGUAUCUCCUAAGAUACAAACCAAGUGAGGAGACAUUACUUCAGAUAGAUCGUUUUUGUUCAACCAUAAUUGCUGAAUGUGAUAUUAACCCUGCUCAGCCGUGGUCACGAGUUUUGAAUCGUCAAUCUGGUGUAUCAAUAACAUCUAUAAAUACAUCUCCUUUACCUGUAUCUACCUUUGCUUCUGAGGCACUUGUAAAGUCACUAAGUUAUGUUCGUUCAUUAGUGUCUCAACACAUUCCUAAACGGCUUUUUCAACCGGCGUCAUUUGCUGGACCACCUUCAUCCGGACAGUCACUGCCGUCAUUGUCAUCAUUGCUAAGUAAAUCCUUCAAUUCCCAGUUAACUCCUGCAAGUAUUCCAGAAACACAAAGUUCCACAAGUGUUCAAGAACAACUAGAGAAGGAUUCAAGUUCUCUAUCCAUUUCAAGGUUGUCGAAAAUUGAGAAAGCUGAUGAAAUGGAUGAACUAGGGUUCAUCGCAGGUGAUCUUCUGAAAUGGCGCUGGCUUGAGGAACCAAUGUCAUCUAUAGGCACUGAAAAUGAUCGUGCUGCGAAUUCUCAAGACAUGACAUCACAUAGCUUCUUAGAAAUAGGUGCCGCAGCUCUACUUGUAGGAGACAUUGAAUCUAAGAUGAAGGAGCAGCCAUGGAAAUUUUUUGGAACUGAUGAUAUGCCUUACCUGGAUCAGCUAUUGCAGUCUUCCCCUGUAACACCAAUUACUGAUUCUGAUUCUGCUCGCCCCCAUUUGAGAGCGAUUACAGCAUCUAAGCGCAUAAAACCUGGUUCUCGUCAGAUAUGGGAGGAUUUUCCUGUGACUACUUUCCGUCCCAGAACUCGACAGCUUUUCCAGUAUCGUCAUUACAGUGAGCAACAACCUCUGCGAUUGAACACUACUGAGGUACAUGAUGUUAUAGCCGCAGUUUGUGCAGAGGUUUCUGUCCCAAAUGCCAAUGUUGUCAGAGCCUCAACUACACUAAAUAAUAACAGCGGCAAACCAUCAACGGAUGUGGCUGUGAGCGUCCUUAUUAAACUAGUUAUUGACAUGUAUGUUUUAAAUUCUCAGACUGCUGCUCCGCUCAUUCUUUCUAUGCUUGAGGAGAUGCUUAGUUCUCCUAAUACAGCGUGCAGGGUUCGUGCUUUUGAUUUAAUUCUAAACCUUGGGGUUCAUGCACAUCUCCUAGAACCGAUAGUUGCUAAUGAUGCUUCUACUAUAGAAGAGGAAUAUUCUCAAGAAUCCUAUUAUGACAGUGACACUAAAGUUAUGGUGCCAGGAAGCGCAAAAGCAAGUUCUCAGAAUAAGUCAGAUGGGGGCUCUGCAAUUGAUAAAUUUGAGUCUUGGAUUUUAAAUAUUCUGUAUGAGAUACUACUUCUUCUUGUUCAGUCUGAAGAAAAGGAUGAAUCUGUUUGGGCAUCUGCUCUCAGCUGUUUGCUGUAUUUUGUUUGUGAUAGAGGAAAGAUCUGGAGAAACCGUUUAGUAGGGCUUGAUAUAAGGGUUCUGAAGGCACUUGUAAGAAUCAGUAGGGAGAACUCUUGGGCAGAAUUAGUUCACUGUAAGCUUAUUUCUAUGUUGACCAAUAUGUUUUAUGAAGUUCCUGAAGUUGCUGCAUCUGUACCCGGCAAACCAAAGUUUCUUGUGGAUCAACUUGAUCUCAUCGGUGGAGUUCAAUUUAUUUUUAUUGAGUAUUCCCUAGCAAGCUCAAGAGAAGAGAGGAAAAAUUUGUAUUCAGUGCUUUUUGAUUACAUUCUGCAUCAAAUAAAUGAAACAUGCUUUGCUUCUGGAGUCAAUGAAUAUAGUGAUGAUGAGAUCCAACCUCUUGCUGCUCUACUUGCUCAAACAAAUGCACCUGAGGCAUUUUAUAUUUCUGUUAAACUUGGGGUAGAAGGCAUUGGAGAGAUUCUGAGAAGAUCGAUUUCUUCAGCACUGUCCAGAUAUCCCAAUAGUGAACGACUAAAUAUGCUACUGGAAGUUGUAGCGGAAAAAUUUGAUGCUGUAAUAAGUACAUUCACUCAUUUGGACAAAGAGUUCUCUCAUAUGAAUCAGAUAACCAAAUCUCUCAAGUUUCUGGAGAACAUGGAAGGUGUGGUUCUGAGAAAUGGCAUUGGUUUACAGGCAAAGCACUCGUGGUCCACUUUACAUUCUCUUCUUCAUUCUGAAAGAAUUUCUUAUCGUCAAAAUGGGUAUAUCUGGUUAGGUGAUCUGCUUAUUUCCGAAAUUAAUGGAGAAAGAGAUGGAAAUAUAUGGUCAAGCAUAACAUACUUCCAGCAGAAAAUUGCUCAAGCUGGAACUCAAGAUUCGUUCAAUACCUCAGAUGUUCCUUUGCCCAUUUUACUUUUGUGUGGCCUUCUAAAGUCUAAAUACAACUAUAUUAGAUGGGGAUUUUUGUAUGUCCUUGAAAGGCUUCUCAUGAGAUGCAAAUUUUUGUUAGAUGAGCAUGAAAUGCAACAAUCAAGCAGCAGAGAUCAGGGUUAUGGGAAGAGGGAUUGGCAUCUCGAGAAAGCCAAUGCAGUGAUUGACAUAAUGAGUGGAGCUUUGUCUUUGGUAUUUCAGAAAAAUGAGACAGAUCGCAUUAAUAUUCUGAAAAUGUGUGACAUAUUAUUCUCCCAAUUGUGCCUUAGAGUUCCUCCAGCUGCAGCUCUGCCCUAUGGAGAUGAUGUACACCAUGGUAGAAAUUUAAAUCACAAUAAUGUAAGUAAAAGGUUUGAUAGAGAUAAUCAUUUUGCCAGGCAAGAUACUUUCCACUGGGAUGAACACAAGGAGGAAGCUAAUAGGAGAUCCGGCUAUCAUAAUAACUACCACCUGGAUCAUGAGACUGCAUCAAUGGCAGCACUUUCCCAAGGACGAGCCAUUGUCCCAAUGCAAUUAAUUGCACGUGUUCCUGCUGCCAUACUAUAUUGGCCACUUAUUCAAUUGGCUGGAGCAGCAACGGAUGAUAUUGCAUUGGGUGUUGCUGUUGGAAGUAAAGGAAGAGGAAACCUGCCUGGUGCUACAUCUGAUAUUCGAGCCACACUUCUGCUACUACUUAUUGGUAAAUGCACAGCAGAUCCUGUUGCUUUCCAGGAGGUUGGUCAGGAACAAUUCUUUAGGGUACUUUUGGAUGACACUGAUUCAAGAGUGGCAUAUUAUUCUUCUGCUUUUCUUCUGAAGCGAAUGAUGACCGAGAAGCCAGAGAAAUAUCAAUUCAUGCUUCAGAAUCUUGUUGUGAAGGCUCAACAGAGUAACAAUGAAAAGCUGUUAGAGAAUCCAUAUCUUCAAAUGUGUGGCAUACUUCAACUGGCAAAUGAUCUUGGGAUUGACCUGUGAUCUUCAAGGCAUGACUUUCUGGGAGGCUAUAUUAUAUGGGGUAGGACAUCUGCAUUGGUUUGAGGAAUUGUCGCUAUUCAUUCUGAGGAAAAACUUCCGUCAUUGGAUUUACUCAGAUUGAAUACAUAUACAUAUCCAGGGCAUACUUAAGUUCGGAUGUUUCAUUCUUGCAACAUAAAUGGAUUGAUUGUCAGUAUUGCAGAGUACAAUUGUAUCCAGAGAAAAAAGAGCCAGUGGAAUUGAAUGAACUCUUAAUAUUAAUUAAUUACUUUGAGAAGUAAUUAAGAGAACUAGGAAACAUACUGCAUGGCAUCAAUUCCUGUAUCUCUUCAGUGAUAUCACUAGUUUGGAGAGCAAUGUUGUAUACUUGUAUCUGCCAUUAUUUCAACUACUGGGGGAAGACAGAGUUCUAUUAAGGGAUAAAUUUGAAUGUCCCUGAUUUUGACUCAACUGUUGAAAUUCUUGGCCUGCCACCAGUUGCUGGCGGGCGUACAUUACUUUCCAACCAAAAUGUGUGCAGAACUACAUAAGAUUGUCUCUUGUACAGGCCAUAGAUUCCCACCGAGCCUUCUUCAGUUUUUUUUUUCAUUCAUGAAGGCUGCCUCUAUGCUUGCUUUUUUUACUUGGCAUACAGGACCUUUCAUGGGAAAAAGGGAAGAACUCAAUUUUGUGCGUUGUCAAUAUAAUCACAGGUCCAACAAAAUCCUUUGAUAGGGGCAUCAUGGGAUGUCUACUUUUAGAGGCAUCCAAGUUGCUCUCGUUUCCUGUAAAUAUGUUAUUAUUUCCCCCCCUUUUGAUCUAACAUUUAUUGCGAAAACUGUAACAUGAAUUGAGAAAUUAUAUGUACUAAUGUAGAUGAUUUAUACAGAAUACUGGGCUUUGUGAUGGAAAUGAUUGUGUAGGACAGUUUGUGAUCUAACAACCCCUCAUAAUCCUUCAUGGUUUCAUUUUUUUUAA